AUGAUCAACGCCUUUCUGGUCUUUAAUGGCCAAGGCCAACCACGCCUGACGAAGUUCUACACACAGCUCGACACCAGCAUACAGCAACGCCUCAUCUCCGAGAUCUUCACCCUCGUUUCCAACCGUCCAGCUGGCUCCUGCAACUUCCUGCCACUGCCUCCUCUCCUCGCCGCUUCCGGCACCUCCCACUCGUCCGGCGACCAACAGCACAACGACGUCCCUUCCCUGGUGACAUACCGACACUACGCAACACUCUUCUUCAUCGUCAUCUCCACGUCCACCGAAUCCCCGCUCGCCCUGAUCGACCUGAUCCAGGUUUACGUCGAGGCACUGGACAAGCUGUUCGAGAAUGUGUGCGAGCUAGACCUGAUAUUCAACUUCGAGAGCCUGCACGCGACGCUGUCCGAGAUGAUUGUCGGGGGCGUGGUAAUAGAGACGAAUUUAGAAAGGAUUGUGGCGGGCGUCAAGGCCCAGGGCACAGUGGCGAAGAGACCGGUCAACGAAUCUAGGAGUACGGGGCUGGGCGCUGGCCUUGGGAUGGGCGGGAACUUUGUCUGGGCUGGGAGAUGA